UAUAGAAAUGACCGCGUGGCGGCGCCACCUAGCAUCAAUACACGGCCGCCUCUCGCUCGGUAGCCACGGGUGAAAAGGCGUCAAAAACUUUGCGAAUUCUCGUGUGUCCGGUGCCGUCGGGUGCCGUAUUGUUGCGUCGUCAGCGGCUUAUUCCUCGCGUAUCGUGGCGUGCGUGUACGUGCGUGCGUGACACGUACGGGGCGUGUGCUUUAUCCGGGGGCCAGGGUGUUCGGAGCAGGGCGUCUUGAAAAAUCAGUCUGGCUAAGUAAUAUGCCUUGGAGAUCGGCCGGACUCGGAAUCAGGAGCUGAACGUUGUCCGAGCAGAGUAUUCGGAGCGGCGCGCAUGCUUCCGUGCACACUCUCGCCAUUUUGGAGGUCCUCCAUUGGCAUGCUUACGGACAGGAUUGAAUGAUGGCUUGGUGGACGGACUGACAGAGGAUUUACCAGGAUCGGAGGAGGAUCGUCGAGGAGGAAACGGAAGGAACGAUAGGAAAGCGCCGAGUGUGGAAUAGGCCUCGGCCUUCCAUACGUAAACUGCUUUAUUAUGCCGGCUGUUCCAAGGCCUGGAAGUCUUAAGGAUCCAGAGAUCGCUGAGCUGUUUGAGAAAAGUGAUCCGGAGAAAAUAUUUGAAGACCUACGCGAAAUUGGCCAUGGGAGCUUCGGCGCCGUUUACUAUGCACGAUGUCUCGUCACCAAAGAAAUCGUUGCCAUCAAGAAGAUGUCCUAUCUGGGGAAACAAACUAUGGAAAAGUGGCAGGACAUUCUCAAAGAGAUACGAUUUCUAAGGCAACUCAAUCACCCUAAUACUAUUGAAUAUAAAGGAUGCUAUCUCAGGGACCACACUGCCUGGCUAGUGAUGGAAUACUGCCUCGGCUCCGCGUCUGACAUCAUUGAAGUUCACAAACGGCCAUUGAAGGAGGACGAGAUAGCCGCCAUUUGUGAAGGAGUCCUACGCGGGUUACAUUAUCUUCAUUCUCUUGGUCGAAUCCAUAGAGACGUCAAAGCGGGAAAUAUUCUACUUACAGAAAAUGGUACUGUAAAGCUGGCUGAUUUUGGAUCAGCCAGUAUAAAAUGUCCAGCCAACAGCUUUGUGGGCACUCCAUAUUGGAUGGCACCCGAAGUUAUCCUAGCGAUGGACGAAGGACAAUACGACGGAAAGGUGGACGUCUGGUCUUUAGGAAUUACAUGCAUCGAAUUAGCCGAACGAAAGCCACCCUAUUUCAAUAUGAAUGCCAUGAGCGCCCUGUAUCAUAUUGCCCAGAACGAUACACCGACCUUGAAUUCGCCUGAUUGGACGGAUGUCUUUUGUCACUUCGUCGAAGUAUGCCUUACCAAAAGUCCUAUGGAACGACCAACUUCGGGGAAACUGCUCUCACAUCAAUUCGUGACGAGGACGAGAUCACCCCAAGUUUUAAUAGAUCUUAUCCAGAGAACGAAGGCUGCGGUCAGGGAAUUGGACAAUUUAAACUAUAGAAAGAUGAAGAAGAUUUUGAUGAUCGACACUUGCGAGACUGAGAGUACUGUAGGAGAUGGUGACGACACUCCUGAUGAACAAACAGGUGGGGACAGUAGUAAGAGCAAUUCCAUUACGUCCGAACAUUCGAUUCACUCGAUGGGCGUUUCGGCAAGCUCUCAAAGUUCCUCCACGAACAGUCUACCACUGCCGAACGCGGAUCCUAAUGAUUAUUCCACGGGGUCUGUCAGAAAUCGACACAAGGUUUCAGCCGGCGUUACUGCCAAUCUUUUGGAGCAUGGCGCGAAUAAUUUUGCCACAAUUAGAACGACCUCCAUCGUCACAAAGCAGCAGAAGGAGCACAUGCAGGAGGAGAUGCACGAGCAGAUGAGCGGUUACAAGAGAAUGAGGAGGGAGCAUCAGGGAGCUUUGGUCAAACUCGAGGAACGCUGUAAAAUGGAAAUGGAAUCACAUAAGCAACUCUUGGAUAAAGAGUAUGAGACGCUACUGCAGCAGUUCAGUAAAGAAUUGGAGAAAUUGCAGUUCAGGCACUUGCAGGAGCUUGAACGUAAGCUCAAACAGAAUCAAAAUGCCGAGAAGAAGCUUCACAAGGAGAUUACUAGCAGGCAAGAGGCUGAUCGUAAAGCCUUGGAAACUCAGCAGAAGCGUGAAUACAAGGCAUAUAAGGAACGAUGGAAGAAAGAACUAUCACAAGACGAGGUAACUCCAAAAAGGCAACGUGACGCCACCCUCCAGAGUCAGAAGGAUAACCUGAGACAAAUGGAAGCUCAGGAGGAGCAACGACUCGCGCGAGGUCAAAGAGAAUAUCUCGAUUUGGAAAUUCGAAAGUUCCGCAGAAAAAAAUUACUCAUCUUUCACAGUCUCGAACAGGAGCUCUUACGAGAGGAACUGAAUAAAAGACAGCAACAGCUAGAACAGGCUCAUGCCAUGCUAUUGCGACAUCACGAGAAAACGCAAGAACUUGAGUACAAGCAACAAAGAGCCGUUCAUGCUCUUCGGGAAGAUCAAGUUCAUAGGCAACACGCCACUGAAUUGUCAAACCAGCAAGACUAUAUGCAAAGGGCGGAACGAGACUUGCGCAAGAAGCAUGCACUUGAACUGAAACAGCAGCCUAAGAGUCUCAAGCAAAAAGAAAUGCAGAUACGAAAACAAUUUCGGGAAACCUGUAAAAUCCAAACACGUCAGUACAAGGCGCUGAAGGCUCAAAUACUUCAGACUACCGCAAAGGAUGAGCAAAAAGCCGUGAUCAAAAAGAUGAAGGAAGAACAAAGGCGAAAGCUCGCUCUUCUCGGUGAUCAAUAUGAACAGAGCAUCGCUGAAAUGCUUCAGAAACAAAGCAUUCGACUUGAUGAGUCGCAGGAAGUCGAGUGUCGUCACCUUAAGGAGAGACUAAACUAUGAGCUAGAGAUUCUCAUGGCAUAUCAGUCAAAAAAUAAGAUGCAAGCUGAGGCUCAGAGGAAUCGCGAGAGACGCGAACUCGAGGAUCGUGUUUCAGUGAGACGAGCGUUACUGGAGCAGAAGAUGGAACACGAGACUCAGGAGUUCCUUCAAGAACGUAGCGAAAGGAUUCGUCUUCUUCAUGAAAGGCAAGAACGAGAACUUCAGCAGUUCGAUGAGGAAAGCGCAAGAAUCGGAUUUAGUGCACUGGCGAUAGCCGAAGCAUCGAAAGAGUCUUAUCCGGACGACGAGAGCCUGAGCGGCUCGAUGUUAAGUCUGGCUCACAGUAAUAGCUCGACAUCCUUUCCCCCUAAUAAUUACUAAUCCUUAAUUGUUAAUUGUAAUAAUGUAUGUUUGCCUGCAAACCGCGCAUAUCGAACUGCAGAGCUCUGGAACGUUCGUUAACUUAUUCAGACCAGAAAGGAAGUGCUGUCUGGCGCGUGUAACAGCGGCCGCACUUCGUGAAAUGGUAAAGUGAACGGAGCGAAAAGCAAGAACAAGUAAUUGAGAGGAAAUUAUUAGCCGCAUGAAGUCUGUCGGGAAUGCGUAUUGGAUACGAACUUUGCAACAAGAUAUAAUAGAAAGAUAAACAAGAAUGAAUGACACUCUUCGUAAUUCAAGACAAAAGAAAGAAACGUCCAAUUUCCACUGAUGGAAGCAUAAGUCUCUUUUAACGGUCGAAUCUGACAGUCUUCCAUAGGGAAAAAGAAAUGAACAAAGAAACACUAUCGACAGCUAGUGCAUCCCUCCAAUAUAAUGGAAAUACAAAUAACAAAUCCGAUAGUGCCACUCGCCAACGAAUUCUUUCAUUCCGCUUACACAGUAAACAAGAAUAAGGACAAGCAAUCACAUUCGAUAUACUCUCUGACACUAUGUAUCAUCCUCAUGAAUCGUUGAACAAAGAAAUAUCCUAGACAAAAAAAGAAAUGCGGUCAAUAGUGCAAUCGCGUAUUCAUCCAGUACACAUCCCGAUACCGUGCUCUUAAUUAUUAGACCAUACUGUGACUCUUCGUUCCCUCGUUUCUUGGAUCUUUGCAAAUUUUCUUUGUUAUAUAUUAUAUAUAUAUAUUAUAUAUAUAUCCUAUUAUCAUAUUAUAAUAUUAAUUAAUUAACUAAUUAAAUAAUCAAUUAAACGUCAGCUGAUUGUGACAGUUUUACCAUAUGGUGAUAUACAUAUAUGACUGAUCAUUAGACACGUUAUGAUGGUAACUCUUCUUAUAUGUCUGCCGAAAAAAAUGUAGAGUUAUGGAUUGGAAUCAGAUAGCUAUAUACUUUUUAAAGGAAGUUCGUUUCUUCAUAAUAAAAUUCUUUAAUAUCGCUGUGAUGGAUCAGUCGAUCGGUUCUGUCACUAACUGAUACAGAGUCGAUCGAUGCCGAUCACUCAUUGAUUGUUUUGCGAUUCGGACCAAGAACCGUAUUCGUUGUUAGAUGUUUAACGAUUUUUCCCCCACUCGAUCUCCACGUGAUUCCAUAAGAAAAACAAAAAUUCAAAGGUCAAAUUAUCGUUUCAAAUUGCCAAAUUCCUAUUAGCAAAGAACAAAUUUUAUUAAUCGCUCACUUAUUCGAUAGGAGGUGCAGAAAUUUUUAGUGCAAUAUAUUAUUAUUAUUACUGUGUUAUAUAAUGUAUCAGAUAUUUCGAUACGUCUUUCGGUGUUUCAGCCAAAUUAUUCCAAAGCACCUGAUACUCGUUGAGUACUUAUCGUUCGAAAAGUUUGAAUAAUUGCCAAUAUAAAUAAUCUGUGAUCGAGCCCGAGAAAAAUCGUGCGCGUUCCCUAUGUCAGCCCAUGACUAUUCGGGAUCUUAUAAAGCUUGUACGAUAUUUAUUGGAUGAUUCUCGAAUUAUGUGUUCAAUUAUUGUGAUAUGGAUGAGUUUACGCGUGCCAGACUGUGUAAGUCACUUAUGGACGUUGACAGAGUUGAGAGUGUCUGAGCUAAUGAAAACGAGAACGGAGCGAUAAUGAAAUUGUCAAGUUUAUGUGUUCAAAAAUGUGGUUGUGAUCGGUCAAUAGAACAAAGCGGAAGUGGAUAAGAAAAAUGAAAAAGAAAGUGUCACAAUCAACUGGCCUGACUUGGAUAUCAUUUUAUAGUGAAGCGAAAUGUACAUAUACGAGAUACACGACACGAAUCGUAAAGUACUAACCGUUAAUAAUUCAAAAGUGGAAAUGAAUAGUGGUUAGAAAAGAAUGGCCGUUUAGAGGGAAGGACCUUCCAUGCGUCUCGUGUAUUAGCGUUCGUGUACGAAGUCCGAGAGAGAAAAAGAGAGGCAAUGUGAAUCAGUGACAACCAAUAAGAGAAAUGGCUACCUUAGACUAUUUUUUAUUUAGAAUUCCAUCUAAGUUCGAGCACAAGUCUCCUUCGAAGUUGUUGAUUAACUUUUACGAAAAUUACAAUUCUUCAUUAUCAUGCGUCAAAGAGUUUUGAAUAGUCUCAAUGGAUUCUUCUGUGUCCUCGAGAGUGCCUCGUGUUUUACCAUUUUUUUUAUUUUUUUUUUUUCUUGCACGAUAAAUCGUUAUCGUUAUCGCUAUGACAGUACAAAAUAACGCCAUGAAUACGACGAAACAAUACCAUGAGUAUACAAUGAGGAGUACGAUCCGCGGUGUGCACCCGGAUAUUAUUAAUACGGAGUGAAUGUAAUGAUUGACGGUUUUCUUUUACUGGCGAAUUCUUUUAAAUCGACAUAUUAAUGAAUUAAUUUGUUUAAUUAUAUACAAUUAAUUUGUCUCGAUUAUAUAUUUCUUUUAUAUGCUUCCGUAAUGAAUUAAAAUGAGGCCAUGCGUCUUUUUGUUGAUGCUUUUGUAUUUGAGUGAUUCCAUUGUAUGUGAGUGGAAUUAUAUGUGAAAAAUAUUCAGGGCCCAGCGUUGCAUAGGAGAUAUGUGUUGGGUGAUUUACGAUGAAACUUUAUUUAAGAAAGAGAAACAAAGGAAGGAAAAUUCAAUGAAGACAGUAGAAACAUAAAGUAUCGCCGAGCCUUUAUUUAAUUCGCUGUAAAAUUGCCAAAUAAAGCUCCAAAAAGUUUUUUCAUUCCUGCUUUGAGGUACGAAGCGCCAUGCGAUUUUCUCGUGAAACAUUUGUACCUUAGCGUUAAUGAAAAUUGUGCGAAUAACUGUAAAGGGAAAGUUAAGGAAGAAAAAGAAAAAAAUAAGUGUCUCUUAGUCUAUAUAUAUAUAAUGUGGGAGUUAUUAAUACAUAGGCCAAGAAAUAAUGAUGGACGAUCGAAUGAGAGUGUAGCUUGCGAAUCGGUCUCUCUCUCUCUCUCUCUCUCUUUCUUUUUCUCUCUUUGUCCUACGAGGACUAAACUAUUGUGCUUUUUACCAAAAUGGUUACACGCGAAUUUUCCGUAUGCAAACCCUCGAUGUAUCGUUUGCCGCCUCACGAGAUUCGUUAAUUAGUAAUUGAUUUACUCAAGACCUAGCAAUAAAUAAUUACUAAUGGCAAGGCUGUAAUACUAACUGCUACGACAUCUUAUAUGACAAGUGAAAAUAAAGCAGCGAGAUUUUUAACGAACGUGGAAAUCCUCGAGCGCUGUGACACGAACUCUCACCGGAACCGACUGUUUCCAUGGUGCAAGAAAAUUGAGGAAAUGAAAUGGAAAAGAAACGUGCCGCGGAGAAGUGAUUUUAAAGACAAUGGCAAUCGAUUUAGUGAGGUGUAUUAAUUUUAUUGGAGGAAAGAGAGCAGAAUAGUAACUUGCGAUGUCGCUAAUCUUUUUUCUUCUUUUUGUAAAUACUCGCUCGCAAUCUUAGGAGAUUUCGGCGACAUAUGAGACAGCGAAAACACUUCCUUUUCGUUUGGAAGAGAAAUAAUGGAAAAUUAUAAUUAUCGGCUUGACCUACUAUAGACGGGAAGGUUCACGUGAGAACUCAGCAAUGUUACGCUUUCGAUGCAGUCUCCGGCUUUAAAACUAGGCGAAUUGUCAUUUUUUAUUUGUUCUAGCGAUUAUAUGUAAUGUUCGUUUAGUGACAAGGAAGUCUAGAAAGUUUAGUGAAACUCGAUGGAAAGAAUGAAAAAUCUAGGACGAUUCUCUACUUGUGUAAUAUUUUGUGUAUGAUGAAAAUGUUACUACGUGGUAUGAACUAAUAGUUGGGAACACUUCGGCAUGACAAGAUACACAAGAUACGUAAUAUAUGAAUAAUGAACAGUAUCGGUACGAUUAUUAAUAAUCUUUGUAUUUCUUGUUUAUGUCGAGCCAAAGACGUACAAAAGUUCUCUGUAUUGAAGGAACAAUAAUUUGAUUUACUUCUAGUUGCAUUUUUAUAAAAGUAGACAAGAUUUUCUUCAUUCCAGUUGGCUAUUUGCCUGCUAAUUUUCUUUUUUUUUCACUUUUCAUUGCUUCCUUGCUUGGUUUGUAUUCUUUGUUUCUUGUGUUUUUCUAUUGCAUCGUCUUCCAAUUUUUGAGGAGAAUAUAGUCACUGUUCAAGACAAUCGAUGAUCACCGCACCGAAACUCUUGAAUAAUGAAAAGAAACGAAUCGUUGAGCAAAAGAUUGAGAGAAAGAAAAGGAAUUUGUUGUUGAAGAGUAUGCCGAAGCGUUACCUAAGGAAAAGUAAUCGUGGGUCGAUGCGAUGAAUAAUCUGCUCACGCGUAAAGAAAAAGGAAAAGAAAAAAACACUCAAUUAUAACAUUAACUAGGUACAUGCAAGUAUAGAUAAAUAUUCUCUAUUAUUAUUAUAUAAAUAUAUUAUAUAAUAUACAUAAAAAUUAAACUAAAGAAAACCAAUACCUUCGUAGCGAGUAACCAAUCGAGAGAAGAUAAACGCUCGCAUCGCGAGCGCAAAAACUUGCAAUCGGUCUUAAUAAUUAUAAUUAUGACGGUAAUUAAUUUUUUUUAUCUUUAAGUUUAGGUAGAGUAUAAAUACAUUUUUUAACUAAAAUGAUGGCUGGGGGAGAGCGAGUCUAGGCUGCAGUUCCUGAACGUGUGAAUUUCAGGUUCGGCGCGAGCAGCUGUGAACUGUUCAAAGCCAGUAUGCUGAUUAGAUAAUAAAAAUUGAAAGUAUCAAAUCACAA